AUGGAUCAAUUAUUGUGGCAGCUGCAUUAUAAAGAUAUACUAUUGAUAUAUCAGGGAGUAGAUAAUGCAAUUUAUAAUAUAUUUCAAAAUUUUUGGAACUAUGGUUUUAUUUCGGUGUUAUUGUAUCAUAAUAAUCAGCUCUAUAGCUAUCAUCCUUAUACCCGCAUUAAGGUGGUAACACUAAACGAUUUACAAGAAUUUUACGAUAAAACACAUUUGCAAAAUUUCUUGUGUUAUGAAAUAGUGGUACCUGUAGUAGAAUUUCCUCCCGUCUGCUUUAGUUAUACCAACAUUCAGGGAGAAUUAAAGCGUGUGGGCUAUUUUUACAAAUGGAUAGAAAUAUUUCUCAGACAUCAUAAUGCCUCCAUUAAACAUUAUUUAUUAAACAUAUGGCAACCUAAUAUCAGUUUUGCUAAUGUUAGGAAUUUUCUAUAUGAUAUUAAUUUUAGCGAGGCUUUUUUGAAUACCAUUAGAAUUAUUAUCUUUCUCUCGGUAACUUUAAGGCGGGGUCAUAACCUAUUUAACUUCUAUUUAUAUUUGCUAUUUCUCGUCUUUGGUCUGUUCUUUAGUAAUCUCUUCGACAGCAGUCUCUUCAGUUUAAUUACCUCUAAAGUUUAUGAACCGGAAUUAAAUACACUUGAGGAUCUGCGACGCAAUAGAUUAUUGAUUUGGAAACAUUCAGCCGAUACUGAAGAUUUCCUAAAUAUGAGAAUACCCGAAUUCAUAAAGUAUCGUUUACACAUUGGCAAUAACACCGUGUUAAGGAUUAAACGUGAAGAACUUGAUCCCUCCUACAUUUAUACGGGUCAAGAGUAUUUAGUCGAUUAUAUCUUAUCGCAACAGCGUUUUAUGAAGAAACCCAAAAUGAAGAGAUUAGAUCAGCCUAUAAAAUACAAACCCCUCUUUGUCACCGUCUCCCAUCGAUCACCGAUAAUCGAUCAAUUUAAUCGUUAUUUGUUUUAUAUAAGAGAGAAUGGCAUUAUGACGAAAAUUUUCCAUGAUACUGAGUGGCAUGGCAUUUUUAGUGGCAGUUUGAGAAUACGUUUUGAUGAUGAAGUUUUGCGGGCUAUGACAAUUGAAUAUUUUGAAUAUGCAUUUCUAAUAUGGAUUUGUGGUUUGGUGUGUGCUUUUAUGUGGUUUUUAAUUGAGUAUUUUCAUAGUAAUAUUUUGAGCUUAACGCAAAAAAUUGUUAAUAAAUAUGUAAAUUGA